AUGACGGAGAACGGUUGCCUGCCAAAGGACAAUUUCACAUUGGCCCUAAAAGUAGUAACAGGAGUGAGCGUUGGAGUGUUCUUGCCAUUUUUCAUGUCCUUCUGGCUCUACUUGGGGCUCCAGAAAAGGAGACUUAUCAGAACAAAGCAGAAAUUCUUCGAGCUAAAUGGAGGUGUAUUCCUGCAGCAGCAGAUACGUAACUACAGUGACACCAGCAAAGGGGGUGGAGGGUUCAAGAUCUUUACCAAGGAAGAGCUCGAGAAAGCGACCAACAACUUCGCAGCCGGCCGUGUUCUUGGCCACGGAGGGCACGGUAUUGUCUACAAGGGUGUCCUUGAGGACAAGACAGUGGUGGCGGUCAAGAAGUCAAAGACGACCGAAGAGGUCCCUACCAAGGAAUUCGCGAGGGAGAUGUUCAUCCUCUCCCAGAUCAACCACAAGAAUGUCGUCAAGCUGCUUGGAUGCUGCCUCGAAGUAGAAGUGCCAAUGUUGGUCUACGAGUUCGUCUCAAAUGGUACACUGUACCACUACAUCCAUGGUAGUAGGGGCCUUGACUCUGAUACAGGCUUCAACACCUGCCUUCGAAUAGCAGUAGAGGCAGCCGAGGCACUGGCAUAUAUGCACUCUUCAGCCUCACCGCCAAUUCUCCAUGGAGACGUCAAGACGGCAAACAUUCUGUUGGAUGACAAGCUUACAGCAAAAGUUUCAGAUUUCGGAGCAUCAAAACUAGCACCAACUGAUGAGGCCAAGAUGGCAACAUUGGUGCAGGGAACUUGCGGUUACCUUGACCCGGAAUACCUAAUGACAUGCCGGCUGACUGAUAAGAGUGAUGUGUACAGCUUUGGCGUCGUCCUAUUGGAGCUUCUGACAAGGAAAAAGGCACUCUACUUCGACGGGCCAGAGGAAGAUAGAAGCCUUGUUUUAUGCUUCAUGAUGGCAGUAAAGGUAGGCCAGCACCAAGACCUUCUGGACAGCCAAGUGAGGGACGAGAUGACAAUUGAAGCGCUCGAAGAGAUCACACACCUCGUCAUGAGAUGCUUGAACAUGAGUGGAGAGGAGCGGCCAACGAUGAAGGAGGUUGCAGAGAGGUUGGAGAUGCUGAGGAGAUACCACAACCACCCGUGGGCUCAAGCAGAUGCCAAUCCGGAGGAGGAACAAAGUUUGCUUGCUAUGGAACCACAUAAUGUGAAUUACAAGUUCACACAAGAUUGUGUCCUUGAUUUUGAAGCAAGCAGUACAUACAGCUAUAGCUUGUAG